GCAAAGAUCUGUACGGUCAUUUUCUUUAAGCGGCGUCGUGACGCUAUCCGACCGCGGGGCGUGUCGGAUUAUUCCCGGGCUUUCCUCUCGGAGAGAUGGCAGCGGCGGCGAAUGAGGAGGCGGCGGAGGAAAAGAUGGUCAUGGUGAUGGGGAUCGACGAUAGCGAGCACAGCUACUACGCUCUGGAGUGGACCCUUGAGCACUUCUUUUCCGCCAAGCUUCGCGGCCCGAGCGCGCCCUUUAGGCUCGUUAUCGUCCACACCAAGCCCACCCCCUCCUCCGUCCUCGCCGUCGGGGCGCCCGGGGCUGUGGAUGUACUGCCGUUUGUGGAUGCCGACCUGAGGAAGAGCGCGGCGAGGGUCGUGGAGAAGGCUAGGGAGGUCUGCGAGGCCAAAUCGCUGAGCCCACUGGUUGAGGUGGUCGAAGGAGAUGCAAGGUAUGUUCUCUGUGAGGCAGUAGAAAAGCACCAUGCUGAUAUGUUGGUUCUGGGCAGCCAUGGUUAUGGAGCAAUAAAAAGCGCCAUUCAUUUGCCAAUUCGAAGUUCAUGAUGCAAGGAUCCUAGAAGUCUACUUAUUGAAAUUCCUGAAGUGUUAUAUGAUUGUUAUGAUAGAUGAGCUACUUGGGAAAAGCAGAAGUAUCUAGCUGUUUCUGGUUUCUUGAGUUCUGACCAUGUCAUGACACUAAUAAUUGCAUUCUGUGUGGGAUGCAUUCUAAGAUUAAGAUUUUACAAUAACAGCAUUUAUUUAGAGUGUUCUCUAAUUAAUCGGCUAUUUAUUAAACUUAAUAACUUAAAUUCCAAGGUAGUUUUAAUUUUUCAGGAUCUAACAACACUUUAGCACUAGGAUUUAGUUUAACUUGAUAAAUAGGGAUCUUCUAAAUCUAAAUGUUCUUAAAUCAAUUUGAUAUAUUCAUUUCUAUGAAUGUUUGGCUGAUGUCCAAGUGUAUCAAGUCAGAAGAGUUUCAAAUAAGGCUGGACUUCAUAAUCCUAAAAAAAGUAGAUGGGAGAUGUGUGGCAACUGGAAAGGAGACCGGAUAUUGUUUGAUCAUUUCUCCGAUUGAUGGUCUGGAUAUCAUCUUUCGACUUUGUUUAUAAUUUCUUUGCUUUUGUUAUGACUUUUAUGAGCUCAAUAGGUAUCAAUAUUACUUGUGCAACUCAGUAGGUCGCGAAAUGUCAACCUGGCCAAGUAGUAUUAUUACUUUUUAAUCUGCAUCGUUUCAUUUAGUUGUCUUGUAUUCGCACAAGUAGUUAUUAAAUCACCAUGAGAAGCAAAGAAUUAUGUUGACAAUUCAAAAAUAAAAAAUUAAAGCUAUAUCACCAUCUACAACAAAUCAUGGGGGAACUUGUACUCUGUAUCCUGUGUUACUUGGCAGGAUAUGUGAACAAAUUUAUGGCAAUGCCAGCGACAUAUCUAAGUGGGCAUAACUUUUGUACAAAGAAAAUUAUAAUAACCACUUAUUAUGUGAGACAACCAAGCAAUUUCACUAUUUCAGAACUUCAAUGAACAUGAGCAUUUUUUGAUUGUUUAAUAGACAUGUGAUGUAUAAGGAUGCCCAAAUUUCGCUAUUUUAGAACUACCGGGUAACAUACCGGUAUGGUACCCAAUACCAAGUUUGCAAAUCUUAGUAACUAUCAUUAAUAUCUACAAUUUUUGCUGCAUUUUUUAUCAGCUUGUAUCGUUUUCAUUGUCCCGCAUUCAAAUAUUCAGCAGUGCUGGUGCUAUUCUAUUCCAUAGAAUUUGAACCAAGGCAUGUGCUAGUCAUAUAAUAUACAAGAUGCAUCUCUUCUUAUCCAUAUACCUUUAGAUCUUUUAACUAUGAUUUUGUUUACCAUUUUACCCUUUUGUACAUUGUAUCCAAAUAACGAAAUUGGUUCUCUGUGCUGUCUCUUGGCCAGCAAUCUAUGUUGGUUCUCAUUUGCAAUUUCAUUUACAUAGAUGUGUUUCCACCCUGGUGAUUUUUAGGCUUUUAUUCUAAGCCUCUCCUUGCACAUUUUUUAACAUAUAACUAUGUCCUUUUUUCAUCAAUCAGCACCUAUAUCAUUUACAAAUCUGACAUACUGUGACUUAUAUAAAGAGAUAUAGGUACAGGAAUGUUAGAGAUCUGGAGAUGACAGGGUGAGGAGGCUUUGACGACCUUUUCCUUUCAUACUUCCAAAACUAACAAUGACCUCAGCUUGGUUCAGACUUGGUAUAAGAUCCAAGUCCCCUGCUAGCCUAAAUCCUGUCUUGCUGGUUAAUUUGAGGUCCAUCCUUGCAUGUGACAAACCUUCAACAACUGAGGAUAGGUAUCAGGUGAAAGAGGCGAGCCGUGUGAUGUAAGGAGGGUCUAAUUUUUGAAAUCCUAAACAACACUGAAUUACAAAGUGGAUAUGCUAUGGAUAGGAUUUUUUUUCUGUGUGUUGGGGUUUAGGCAAAGAUACCAGAAAACAGACACCACUAUCACUUACUGUUUGAUGGUUGAUUUGGUGGUACAGAGUACAGAAAUGAUGGUUUUUCCAGGAGUUGGAAGUAUACUGCCAAUUGGGUGAAGAGUGAUGGAAUUUCAGAAACUUGCCCAGAUUGACAGGGCAAAAGGGUAGAGGGUCUCCCAUUUUGUUUACUCAAAGUCCUGAAAUGACUCUGGUUUGUAUUGUUUGACUUCAUGUUGACAACCUUUAUUAUUAGGACUGGCAAACUAUAUUAUUGUUAUCUUUUAAUAAUUGUGUCAAACCUUAAUAAAAUUCAGCAAGUGUAAAAUAUGAAAUUUUGAUUCAGGAGAACAAAAAUGUUAAUUUUUAUGAAGUGCUUUAAACCGCAAAUGACAAAAGCUGAUCAUACUUGACAGUUCUAUAUAUAAUGUGGUAUCAACAAGCGAAUGAUCAUGGACCUAUCUGAGCAAAAUAUUCUUUCUGAGAGGAAAUGAGCUGAAGCCGAAAUUCCUUAAGAGAAUGAAGAUCACAACAUCCCAGAAAGGGAGAAGAUCAAAACAGGUAAAAAGAAAGGCACCAAAAGUGCCUCAAGAGAAUUGCUAGAGCUCCAGCUUUGAGAAAAUAGGAACCAAUUGAUUUUCUGAUAAACAUGUGAAGUCCAAUCUUUUGGAAGAGAGAAGAUUUGGCGAUCGACACUUCUGGCUGCUCAGAUUUAUCUGAAAAGAUUGUAGCAUCACUCUAACAACAAACACCUUGAUUGUUACCUCAUACCUAAACAAAAUAUCCUCAAUACAAGAUUCUAUUAACUACAUUUUUGUGGUAGAUCAAGUUAAAAGGAGACAAAGUAGAAAAUGAUCCAUGCAUGCCUAUUCUUUUCAGUCUGUUUUACACAGCAGCUAACGUCGGAUUGCCCUUGAACU